GUUACAUUAAGACAUCCAUGAAAGUAUCGUCAAUUCAUUAUUUCAAAAAGGUAUAUAUUGAAGAUACAAACUCUCUAUUACAAAAGGAUUAAGUUUUGAGUCAGAACCGAGUAACAAAUAAAAUGACUCAUCAUCCAAGUCACCGAGAGCAUCCACUCGUGGCGGUCAAUCGCCAAGGUGCAUACACAUGUGACGGGUGCAAAAUGGAAGGCAUGGGGCUAAGAUACAGAUGUGAAGGUUGUAACUAUGACUUACACCAAGAAUGCAUGUUUGCACCCCCUAAGCUAAAAAUUCAAGAACAUAAAUAUCGAUUUCUCGAACGACCCCUCCCCGGGCCUAAUUGCACUAGGGUUGAUUGCACCAAGUGUAGGAGCUGUGACGCGUGUGGGAUGGCGGUUAAGGGGUUCGUUUAUCAUUGUUCUAAGACGGGUUGGGAUUUCCACCCUAGAUGUGCUAAGCUAGAGAGUAAAAUUAGCAUUGGAGAUGUCACUUUUUGGUUUGAGAAGCAAGGACCAUCUAGUUGUGCUUGGUGUAAAAGGAAGCUGCUCAACGGUGCAAAAAAGAAGAUUCCAGGGUGGUCGUACGUAUCUAAAUAUGAUGACUAUAAUCUCCAUGUCUUUUGCGUUAUGGAAAUGGCCAUGCAAAGCUCUUCCACUGUUGUGCGACAGCGGAAGCAAAGGUCGUAAACAAACAAGAAAACAAUAAAGAAAUUCAAUGCAAACAAUAAGAACAACACCAAGAAUUUACGUGGUUCACUAUCGAUGUGAUAGCUACGUCCACGGGCACCGAGAUCGAAUGAUUUCACUAUAAACUGGCAAAGAUUACAAAGAUUACAAUGAAGAACUUAAUCACUCAAAGUAUUCUCUCUCUUGUGUUUCUCUCUCCGUUACCCUAAUAAUGAUAAUAGGAAGUUUAUAUAGUAGUGAUUCCUAAUUAA